AAGGAGGGGUGAAGACAAAUGUAACUGUCUCUGUCGCUCUGCCACACUGUUACAGAACAACAAAUCCACGCCGUUCUGGAGAUGCACAUCUUGUGGAUUCUCCUCUGUUGUGCAGGUGUGAGCUGAGACAGACCUACUAGAAAAGAGAAGAAAACAAGUGGAAGUUGGUUUCACUGUAUGCACUGCCACUGACAAGGAAGGAGAUUUGUUUGUUUCUUGAUCAUACAUCAACUGGACUCCAAAAGCUGAGGAAGUAUACAGUGGGGAGUAAUCUUUUGGGGAUGUUUACUCUUUUAGGAUGCGUUCACUCAGCCAUACCUCACAUUUUCCCUGGCCGCCCUUUCAUUGGGAUGUAGUGAGGAUUGAUGGUUCAUACAGACUUUCCCCCUAAACAUCUGCUGACUCUGGAAACCUGGCAUCAUGCCAGUGAUGAAGGGGCUGCUAGCACCCCAGAACACCUUCCUGGACACAAUCGCGACUCGUUUCGAUGGCACUCACAGCAACUUCCUCCUUGGGAAUGCUCAGGGUCACCGUGGCUAUCCCAUUGUCUACUGUUCUGAUGGAUUCUGUGAGUUGACGGGGUUUGGACGAACAGAGGUGAUGCAGAAGAACUGCAGCUGUCAUUUCCUAUAUGGCUCGGGCACUAGUGAGCAGGUUACUCAGGGUGUGGAAAAAGCACUGGAGAGCAAGGAAGAGUACCAGGCUGAGGUGCAGUUCUACAAGAAGAAUGGGGGUUCAUUCUGGUGUCUCUUGGACAUUGUGCCCAUUAAAAAUGAAAAGGGGGAGAUGGUGCUUUUUCUCUUUUCAUUCAAGGAUAUCACAGAAACAAAAGACAAGAGUCAUCACAGCAGCAGAAAUGAUGACAAUAAGCCAUACAAAAGGCCCACUGGUAACUCUCAUUUCAGUAAAGCCAGAAGGAGGGGCCACACCAUGAUUUACCAGCUAACCAGCCAGUUUACCCGUGACAGCAAAAAUGAUGUCAACUUAGGCCGGGACAUGUUUGAAAAGCCAUCCCUGCCUGAGUACAAAGUGGCAGCAGUCCAGAAGUCUCGAUUCAUCCUGCUGCAUUACAGUGUGUCCAAGGCAUUGUGGGAUUGGAUGAUUCUCCUGGCUACAUUCUAUGUUGCUGUGACCGUGCCGUACAAUGUGUGUUUCACAGCGUACAGCGACGUGGAGACUGCCGGCAGGAGCACGAUAGUUAGUGACAUCGCAGUUGAAAUGCUUUUUAUUCUGGACAUUAUUCUUAACUUUCGCACCACCUAUGUGAGUCAGUCGGGGCAGGUGGUGUACGAGCCUCGCUCCAUCUGUCUGCAUUACGCUACCACGUGGUUUUUUGUGGAUCUGGUGGCUGCACUGCCCUUUGACCUACUCUAUGCAUUUAACAUUACUGUUACGUCUCUAGUGCACCUGCUGAAAACUGUGCGAUUAUUGCGUCUGUUAAGACUGCUGCAGAAGUUGGACAGAUACUCGCAGUACAGCGCCAUGGUACUAACACUGCUCAUGUCGAUGUUUGCUCUGCUGGCUCACUGGAUGGCCUGCAUCUGGUACAUCAUUGGGCGCAAAGAGAUGGAGACCAAUGCCAAUGGAGCCUGGGACAUUGGCUGGCUACAUGAGUUGGGCAGGCGUUUGGACAAACCCUAUCUGAACAGUACAGUUGGUGGUCCCUCAGUUCGCAGUGCCUACAUCGCCUCUUUGUAUUUUACAUUGAGCAGCCUGACCAGUGUAGGCUUCGGCAAUGUUUGUGCCAACACUGAUGCUGAGAAGCUUUUCUCUGUUUGUACUAUGCUCAUUGGGGCUCUGAUGCAUGCUGUGGUGUUUGGGAAUGUAACAGCCAUCAUUCAGCGCAUGUACUCACGUCGCUCACUAUAUCACACGCGCAUGAAAGAUCUGAAGGACUUCAUUCGUGUUCACCGGCUGCCACAACAGCUGAAACAACGCAUGCUGGAAUAUUUCCAGACCACCUGGUCUGUGAAUAAUGGCAUUGAUGUCAAUGAGCUCUUACAUGAUUUUCCUGAUGAGCUGCGUGCUGAUAUAGCCAUGCACUUAAACAAAGAUAUCCUGCAGCUGCCUGUGUUUGAUGGUGCUAGUAGGGGUUGCCUGCGGUCUCUCUCCCUCCAUAUCAAAACCACUUUCUGUACACCGGGGGAAUAUCUCAUCAGACAGGGGGAUGCAUUGCAGGCCAACUACUUUGUCUGUUCUGGGUCACUGGAGGUUCUAAAGGACAGCAUGGUCUUGGCUAUUCUGGGAAAAGGAGAUCUGAUUGGCUCAGACCUGCCAGGCCAGAAUCAUGUGAUGAAGACAAAUGCAGAUGUAAAGGCACUGACAUACUGUGACCUGCAGUACAUCAGUAUGAAAGGUUUAAGUGAAGUUCUUGAACUAUAUCCUGAGUAUGCCAGCGUCUUCACUACUGACAUCCACCGAAACCUCACAUACAAUCUGAGAGAGGGCAGUGAGACUGAGCAGAACUUCCCAGACUCCAGUAUAUUAACUGAGAAUAAACGUCCAUCCAUUGUAGAAAACGCUGAUGAAUCAGACAAGUACUUCAACGUCCCACCUAUUCCAAAUACAUGCCGAAACCUUCUUCUGCCCAAUCUAGGCAGCCCAGUACGACGUACGUCAUUAGGAAAUCUUUUAGGGGAGGAGUUACUGCAAUUCAACAAUCUGCGACACUGUCGUUCACCUGUCAGGGGUUGGAGUCCAAACCCCUCCCCCAAACAUCAGACCAAAGUACAGAAACAAACCAUUCCACCCUCAUCUACACCCAAACCCACCCAUAGGGCACAGACAGAUUCUGAAGGUACAGGACGCAAACCUGCCAAACUGCUCAUCCCCACUCUCAACUGCUUUGGACCACCAGAUCUUAGUCCAAGAGUUGUGGAUGGAAUUGAGGACAACGGACAUGUGUUUCGUUUUAAUGUGGAGGACACCAAUGCCAAAACUAGUACAGUUACAUCGAUGGGAAGUAAGACACUGAACGGGUCUGGUCAGGUGAAUGCGUCACUGCUUCAGGAGACAAAGGAAGUGAAAGAGACCAUUGAUCAACUCAACAAGAAGAUGGGCAACCUGAAACAGGAAGUGUCAAUUCUAACAAAGGAUUUGCAUCACAUAAUGCACCUCCUGCAAGCACAGAUGGCUGUUCGUCACUACACAGCACCAUUGUCUUCCUGUCCCUAUGGAGUCCACAUGAUGUCCAGUUCUUCUGUCAGUAUGUCUCCAGCCUAUGUCUUAGGUUCCAGCAUCCACAUGCAGCACAAAGACCAUGUUGUCCCUGAGGGUCUCCUGGGUUCCACAUCUUGGAGUCACGGCAGACCUAGUGGUGGCUCUGGUUGUGCUCAGUACUCUGAGAAGCAAGGACACUUUCACCAGCAUGAGUCUAAUCAACCUUCUCCUGUGAAAACAAGUGAACCCUGUUCCCAUAACUGGAGUUCCAUCUAUACCUCAGUUCCCUCCAAUAUCAGCCACCAUCACUUCUCUCCAGGCUCCUCUCUCCUUAGCAUCAGCCCAGGAACCCAGGGUCCAACACUUGGAGAGAGUCCACGAGCAGAGGGCUUAUCACUAGGCAUUUGUGCUGGAAAUGGAGCCAAUGCCAGUAUCAGCCAGUCACAUCCUGUUUUGCAUACACCGUUUCCUCAAACAUUGGGUGGUUCUUCAUUUGCUUGCAAGGUCACACCAAGCUCGUAUUCACAGCUACACAUUUCCACAGAACCAGCAUUUCCCUAUUUCACUCCAACCGUGGAUGAAGAGCACAGGACUCCAGAGUUAGUACCUUCCACUUUCCUACAAGAGAAUUCUCCACCCUCUCCAAAGGAAUCAGACAUAGUUCACUCUUCUCUUGAGGAGUCAUCUGAGGUAGAGCACACCAGUCGGGAGUGCCUACUGGGUAAUCAAAGGCUGGGCCAAGAUAGUGAGACAUCAGAGAGCAGGUCCAGUGGGUCGAGUGUAGGACUUUGUAGCCAAUCUGAGAGCACAGAGACCACAUGGUGCCUGGAUCUGAUGGACUAACAAUGAGGAAAGACUAUAAUCAAAACAACCACAAUUUCUGUUUGAAUUUUAACACCAUUUUCCUUCCAUUAUGAAUUUCAUUACGUUCAGAGUAUGAAGAGAAGAAGCUGCUCAGCAGAUACACAUCUGGACCAUCAACAAAUACCUUUUCCACCAACAGGGUAUCAGAGCCAGUGCCUGAUCUGGAAACUUUUCCUGUUCCACUGCAGAAAAUGGCAGUAACGGUGUGGAAAAACUGGUGCCACAACAACUUCUAAAACCUGCUAAUCUCAAACAAGAAAUCACAAAAUGUUAGAGGCUAGGGCCUGGAUAUGCUUACCAAAAUUGCUCAGGUUCAGUCAAAUUCUGUGGUGAGCGGCAGUGGACCGCUCUCUUCAAAUCCAUCCAGAUUUUCUGCCACUCAAGGACAUUCACCUUCUUAUCCUCAAGCCAUUUCUUUGUUUUGGCAGUAUGGUCAUUGUUGUGUUGGAAGGUGAACAACCUGCCCAUCUUCAGCUGUCUAGCAGAGGGACGCAGGUUUUCCUCAAGAAUUUGGAUGUACUUGGCAGCAUCCAUUUUCCCUUCAAUCCUGACCAAUCGCUCAGUCCCAGCUGAAGAGAAACACCCCCACAACAUAAUGCUGCCACCACCUGUGUUUGCCUUUUGCCAAACAUAGUGCUUGGGGUUCAGUCUAAAAAGAAACCUGAUUCCUGCCAUCUCAUUCUUAAAACUCUAAAACUAUGCAAAGCUACAUGUGAAUUGUCAUCAAAUGGUGAGUAUCUUCACUAAAAAAAAACUGGUGACUGUAUUGUCUUGUUUUUCAUGAGUACACUUAAUAUGUUAGUUGUCAACUGUGGACAUCAGUUGUAGAAUUCACAAAAUUCUAUUUCAAAAAUCGCUUUCAUUCAAGUAUGAUUUUCUGUGUGUCUAUAUGUUCUUGUACUCUGAAACUGAAUGAAUAUUUUAAAUUGCUGCAGAUAUCUAGAACAGAGCAUGUACGUACAGUACAGUACUUUAUCAUUUCACUUUACCUAUAAGAGCUUGACUGUUUACUCAAAUGGGACAUAUCAAAGAAAAGCAGGCAAAUGCACUGGAAUAAAAAAAAUUACUGUGGAGUUAGAUUAUAUUCAAAAAUAUAUUGUAUUACAUUCAUAACAGUUCUUGCAGCAAACUAAUCUGACAUACCUCUAUAAUCUAUGUCCAUGAUAGACCAUGAUAUUUAUUUUUUCAAUCAAAAGACCUCAUCAUAAUGUAUUAUUUGAUGACCAUGUAGUACAGGAAGAAAUGUUACCAUAAAAUUAAAAGCCCAGAAUGUAUCCUCAAAAGGAUUAUUCUGUGUAACUUUCAGAACAGAUAAAAUGACAGCCACAUGCACAGUUGACAGAAUACUGCAUGACAAAUUAAAAAAGCUUAUUAAUAACAGUUAUGCAUUUCAAAUAUCCUGAGUAUUGCUGUCAUUGUUUAAUCUGGGAAUGUUGCAUGUUGAAAUUACAUAAAACUUUUAAAAGUUGCUGCCAGAAUUCCAGUAAUACUCUAUUGCACUAAGUAACUAAAAUUAAUGAAACUCAGGGUUUAUUUUUUCAUUUGCACAAUGACUACUUAAACCAGUAAGGAGAUAUUUAAAUUCUACAUUAUAUGCAACAUGGACCUGCACACAUAUGAAAAAAUAUAGACUUGGACUCUUGUAUGUGAUUAUAGUGUAUGUAAUAAAUAAAGUGUUAAUAAAUGUUCACAGGUUAUUUGAGUGGUCAUAAAAGUAGCAUUGCAGUAGAAAACUGGACAAACAUGAUUAUAAACGUAUGUAUGUUUUUUUUAUAUAUAUAUA